GCAGAAGACGGCGUGGGUGAGAGAAGUGAUGAUCCCGCCAGUCUUCGGCAACAUUAUGUCUAACGAGGACGCCGUUAGCUCGGCAACGGCGUCAACGAGGAGCAUAUUCGAGGAGAACAUGACGUGGUAUAGUUCUACAACGGUUCCCGGGACAACAACAACAACAAGAACAACUUCAUCAUUUUCUACGAUUAACGUUGAUAACGUAGAAGAGGAGGAUAGAACGGAAAUAAUCAUAAAUAGUAUUGCCGAUUUUGACGUCGGCGGUUGGACAAGCGAUUGGAACCAGAACGACACAAGUGAAUCUACUAUUGAAGAUAGUAGUAGUAGUGGUGGUGAUAGUAGAAGAAGGUUUGGUGGAAGGAUCGGGUCACAGGAAGAGAACGGUACUUCGAACGAUCCGAUUGAGAAGAUCGGCGAACAAUCGAGAGGAAGAGGAGCAGGAGGUGGAGGUGGUGGAGGAGGUGGAGGUGUAGUAGGAAAUCCCCUCGGCUGUGGUUGCGACAGAGAAGAUUCUUCAUUCAUUUCAAGUAUCUCAAAUAGGAGUACGUUUGAGAUCUUCACCGGUGGUUCCAGCCUUGGCGUCGAUCUUCUCUUUGGUAUAACCUCCGACACGAUGGAAGAAGACUUUGCCGUGUCAUACUCGAACGAUUCCAUCUUUAAUGGGAGUAUGCAAUAUCCAUCUAAUUAUACUAAUGAAAGCAACAACAACAACAACGAGACCUUGAUCGUUUACGGUGAUAGCAUGUAUCCAUCUGGAUAUACUCUGCCGCAUAUCAUAUUGGCAUCGAUCAUUGCCACAUUACUGAUGAUAAUCAUCGUAGUUGGUAAUAUGUUAGUGAUAAUAGCCAUUGCUACGGAAAAGGCAUUGAAAAAUAUUCAAAACUGGUUUAUAGCUAGUUUAGCCGUAGCUGACUUUUUCCUGGGUCUCAUUAUAAUGCCCUUUUCGUUAGCCAACGAGAUUAUGGGUUAUUGGAUUUUUGGGUAUUGGUGGUGCGACAUUUACUCGGCGAUGGAUGUACUACUUUGUACUGCAAGCAUCAUGAACCUUUGCCUGAUAAGUCUCGAUAGGUUCUGGAGCAUUACUCAAGCGGUUGAUUAUCUGAAGAAAAGAACACCGGCCAGGGCGGCACUUAUGAUUGCCCUCGUCUGGCUACUAUCCGCCCUUGUUUGUAUACCCCCGUUGCUCGGUUGGAAAAGGCCAACGCCGGAGGAGGAUUAUCCAAAAUGCAAGCUCUCGGAGGAUAUCGGUUACGUAUUAUACUCGGCACUCGGGAGUUUCUACAUCCCCUCUUGCAUCAUGGUGUUCGUUUACAUACGCAUUUACUUCGCAGCGAAAGCUAGAGCACGUCGUGGUAUAAGAAAACAUCCACGACCACGUCCAGUAGCGGUGCCACCUGAGUCCCCGGAUAUCAGACAGACGAGUUUCACACAGAGUACUACAGCACUGGACUCUAGGAGGUCAGGGCCGGUUGGUGCCGGGGGUAGCGCCGGAACUCUGAUGGAAAACGUUGCAACGAUAGAAAACCAACCAGUCCAAAUACCAAUCGUAACUUGCGAUUAUGCCAGCGACGUAAGCACGUCGGAGGCUGAUCCAGCCGGUGGCAACAGUAUACCAAUGGAGGAAAAAGACACCUUAAAGGUAACUAUACCCAUGCCAGUUCAAAAGAGCAACCUGAAAGCAAGUUUGUCGGUGAACGGGGAUGGUCAAUCUAGUCAGACAGUUGUGGUACGAUGCAGAGCACCUAGCGUCGGCAUUGACACGGACAUGGUGUCAGAGUUCGACCCAUCCUCAUCGGACAGUGGUGUUGUAUCAAGGUGUGCCGUGGUGAAGCCAUUAAAACUACGGCUUUGUCAGCCGAUCUUUGGUCGGAAAACUACCAGCAAGGUCAAGAGGGAAAAAGCGGAUACGUCUAAGCAACAUGGAAAAGAAGAAAUCAUGGUAGAGGCUAAAUCCUCCAAGCCACGUGAUCCCGAACGAGAAAAGAAACGUAUUGCCAGGAAAAAAGAGAAACGGGCAACCCUCAUCCUAGGAUUCAUCAUGGGCAGCUUUAUCGCCUGCUGGUUACCCUUUUUCCUUCUCUACAUCGUUAAACCCCUCUUCCCUGAUCUCAAUAUACCAAGCCAAGCAUUCGUCAUUGCCUUCUGGCUUGGUUACAUGAACUCAGCUUUGAAUCCCUUUAUCUAUACCGUUUUCAACAAGGACUUCCGUCGGGCAUUCCGUCGUAUACUUUUCAAAUGAAAGACAGCUUCUCUCCGUGAGGAUAACAAAUAACAAAACGCCACGUAUUCGAGACACGAUGAUUUAUAUUUCAACGAAAAUAUCUCGUAAUCCCUCGUAAACGAUCUUUAAAUUUUUAUCGAAAGAUCUAGGGAUAAUAAUCGAAUUGUGAUCAAAAUUCGAUUUAUUAUAUAUAUAUUAUAUAUAUAUAUAUAUAUAUAUAUAUAUAUAUAUAUAUAUAUAUAUGUAUGUAUAUCUAUACAGAUACGGAUCUCGGAAAAUGAAGCGUAAAAACCUUCGGAGAGAGAGACGCGAAUGGAAUGAAUAAUACGAUAAUCUUUAAUCGUGUUGACUAAUAAAACAAUUCAAUCUCAAGGAGAUCGAUCUUUGUUCAAAAAUCAGAACCCAUAUAUAUAUAUAUUAUAAUUAUAUCCAAAGAACAAAUGGAAUAAAUUAUUGACUCCGCUCAUCUCGAGUAAAAGUAGUAAAUACUUUCUCGUCUUUUCUUAUUUCUUUUUUUUUCUUUUUUGUUCUUUCUUUCUUUCUCAAAGCCUUGUACGUAUACGUAUUAACUACUAUCGAUAAAUAUUAUCCAAAAGGCGAAUUAACAAAUGAUCCAGACGUUCCCACGUAUUUCGAUUCAGGAACAAUGGCCGGGCGUGAAUACGAUGAACGAGACUAAUGCACUCAGAGAUAUCCGCGAUAAUGAGAGAACGAAAUCAGAGAGAGAUAUUAGGGUAAUUAUUAUUGAAAUCAUUUAACCAAUUUCCAGCGGAACGUACUGUACGGACAAAAACCUUAACCCCCUAACACACGAGAAUACAUUUUUAAAUUUAAUUAAUCAAUUAAAACUAGACGAUUACUAUUUACGUGUAAUCCGAGUACGUUUACUUUCCUCUUCUAAUAAUCCUUCUAUAAUAAAACUAUCUAAUUUGUUGUUUUUUUUGUUUUAAUCAAUUUUCCUGUUCAUUUAAAUUCUUGAAUCAAAUUUAUCCCAUUUUCUUUUUCUUUUUUUCGUAUCUCGAUUGUAGCGUUCAACGUGAAUAUACAUAAAAUCAACGUAGCGUACAAUUUUCAAUGACACCCGGUAUACUUACUAUUGACGACCCCCUUGGAAUAUUUGAAAAAUGGAGGAAAUGUACGCGUCGAAAUUCGACGGAUCGUCGAACGACGAGACGGGUGAAAGAAAUAAGAAAAGCGGAUGGAAAGUCAAUAUGGAUUUCAUUGAUAAGAUUGUGGCACGUUGGUUGGUCGGAUUAUUAGCAUAGACUCGUUCGAGAUGCAACAUUUCAUUCUUUUUAUCUUUCUUUCUUUCUCUUUCUAUUUUUUUCUUUUUUCCUACUAAAUCCUUGAAUUUCAAGUAUGAACAAAAUUCACUUGUCGACAAUAUCGGAAAGUUUCGUCGUAUUUCUGACAUGAUUUUCUAUUAUUAUUCUUGUCUCAACCUCUCCCCCCCUCCUCUCUGUCUCACCCCACCACAACCACAACCACCUGCACCCUUAUUUUUCUACACGUACGUAUGUAAAAUUGAUAUAUUUGUGUUGUAUUUCCACGUGUUGUGUAAACGCGUACGAGCAACAUCUGUUUUAAAUCUCAAUUUGUUCGUUCGAAACGAACAGGACGUUCGCGAUUGUUUUUUGAUAAAAAUACAAAUACAAAUAGAAAAGAUAAAAAAAAAAAAAAACAAAUCAAAAGGAA